CUCCGCCUUUAUAAGAUAAAAUUUUGUUUGAAUCCUUUAGUUGAGUUACAAAUUUCAAACAACAUGCGUGCUUGCGGAGUGAUUUUGGUUUUCCUUUGUGCAUGUGUUUGGAGGACAUAUGCCGAGGAAUGCAUAUACGGUGCAUUUGGAGAAUGUUUGAGUCCCUGUCCACCGGGAACAUUCUCAUACACCCCCGGUUGUGGGUACGACACGAUGUCGCGUCGCACGUGUCGCGCGCCCGUCGCGCGCGUCAUCGGCCGCUACUGCGACUACUCGCGGUGCGACUGCGACGCGACGCGCGUGUGGGACGAGGCGGCGAGGAAAUGUGUGCUGUUGAAGGAUUGCUCCGACCAGACGCAGUUUAGUAAGAAGAACGAGCUUAAUAAGGAGAGCGGCGAUGAAUAAAAAAUUAAUCCAAUGUCAUUGUAUGUGAUUCGAAAUUAAAAGUGUAAUUACUUUGCAAAUAAAUGA